AUGGAUGACAUCGAGCUUGCCUGUACAAGCUCAGAUGGAUGUGGAGCCCAGGAGUUCAGGAAUCAGAUGGACACCCUCCCAGAUAUUCACAACCAAAUCCUACAACUGCUUUGCACCAGACUUAGUGACAACUCCAUCAUGGUAUUGCAAGAAGAGCUGCAGCUCAUGCAGAGGAGCUCAUACUACUUGGAAAUCCAGCGAGACGAUUUGGUACCAACUGCAGACCAGCAGCAGAACACUUUACAUUUAUCUGACAGCACAGUAUGGUCUCUCAUUGAUCAGCGGAGGCUGCGGCAUGCCCUCACCCAGGCUAACACCCAGGUGAAGCUCCUCCUCACUCUUCUUGGAUUGCUUUACCAAGAGAUCAUCAGGGGCUGUCGGGAGCUGGAGGCCUUCAUCCUUAAGUACAACCAGGGUUUGGUGGGCAGUGACACAGCAGCUUCCAUGCAGCAGAGGCUCCAGCAAACCCUCCAGUAUGUGAACGACUUUGAAAGAAGAAUGACACAGAAUCUUGGCCCACUAGACCUUCAGAAUCAGCUAAUCCCCAACACAGGCAACAUCCCCAUACCACAGCUCAGUGCAUCACUAGCGAUGAAAAUGCCAGUGAUAUUUGACAGGUCCGAGUCAUGUGUGACAUCCAACUCUGUGUAUCUGUUUUGGGAAGUCGCAGGCAAGCAGUUUCAGGAGUCGAACCAACCGUUUGAGAUCCAUGUAAAGAGCCUUAAUCCAACCAUUGAUGGACAUGGCCAGUUUUAUAAAUUGACAUGUCAGUCAUACAACAUACAGGUCAACAACUUGAUCUCUGACAGGUACUAUCAGUGCUCUGUCAAGAGAAUAGAUGCUGUCAAUUUGGUCUAUGGACUGUGGAUUGACAGCAUCAUCCUGAAGACCUUGGAUAUUUCAAAGUAA